UGGUUCGACCGCUGGGUUCGAACUGGUUUUUUGAACAUUGUGUCUAGCCGAAGAAAAAGAUAAGGGUCAAUUAGUCAUUUUUUAUUUGUCAGGGCAGCUUGUCAAUAAUGAAAAAAGUCAGGGCCGAAAAGAGGCGUUACUCGUUAAAAAGAAACAUCCCGCUAACAAGUAAUAACCCAGCAUCUCGACGCUCCUCUCCCCGUCCUCCACUAAACUCACCUCCUCUUUGCCCUACUCAGCAGUCUGCACCGCCGCAUCGCCACCCAGUAUCACCCACCAGCCGUCAACCCAACCCUCCCAUUACGACCUCCUCCAGCGAAGCUUCUCGUCGAUAGCUUCGUUCCUCCUGACUCCGCCGCUCUGCUUUGCCAUCUCUUCCCUGCCUUCUACUUCGCCACUCUAAACAUCUACUUCUCGUUGCGGUGGCCAACUUUGGGCGCACUCGCUUCCGCUUAUUAACUACCUAACCGUACAUUAGGCAUUGUUAACAGUGUACAUAUCAGACACUAUGGGCACUUCCGAUCCACCAAUCAAGGUCGACCUAGAAGACGAGCUCGAAGGCGAGCUAGUUGGUACCAAGGAUUACUUCUUUUCCAAGAUAGGCGAGUCCGUACCGUUGAAGCCCGAUGAAGACUCCAACUACGACCCUGAAUCCCUUCCUUCUCAGCCUCUUGCAGUCUCCGAACGCUUCCGUCUCGUUUUCGUUGCUCAUUCUUCGGGGUUCUUUGUUGUAAGGACGAAGGACGUUAUUGAUUCGGCAAACGAAUUUAAAGAGAAGGGGAGUGGUUCUCUUGUACAACAGCUGAGUCUCGUUGAUGUCUCUAUUGGUAGGGUUCACUGUUUGGCUCUUUCCACGGAUAACUCAACUUUGGCAGCUUCGGUCUCCGGCGACAUACGGUUUUACUCUGUACCUAAUUUCUUGAAUAAGGAAGUGAAGCAGUCUUUUUCCUGUUCACUCAAUGAUUCGGCUACCGUCAAGGACAUGCGAUGGAUAACAACAUCAGAAAAUUCAUUUGUUGUGCUUUCAAAUACGGGAGUGCUAUAUUAUGGAGAGGUUAAUUCUCCCCUUAAAUGUGUGAUGGACUCUGUUGAAGCUGUUGAUUGGGGCAUAAAAGGGAACUUUAUUGCUGUGGCAAGAAGGAAUGUUCUAAGUAUUUUAUCGGUUAAGUUUGAAGAAUGGAUUUCAAUUUCGUUAUCUUUCAAAUCCUGGAUUGGUGAUUCUGACCUGAAUUGUAGCAUAAAAGUGGAUUCUGUCAAGUGUGUUCGAUCUGAUUCCAUUAUAAUUGGAUGCUUGCAAUUUACUGAAGAUGGCAAGGAGGAAAAUUAUCUUCUCCAAGUUAUUAGAAGUAGAAAUGGUGAAAUUAGGGCUGGUUGUUCUGAAUUUGUUGUCCAAUCUUUCUCUGAUAUCUACCUAGGACUUAUUGAUGACAUUGUACCAUUUGGAAGUGGACCCUACCUUUUAUUGGUGUACCUAGAACAAUGCGAGCUUGCAAUCCAUGGCAACAAGAAGAAUACGGAUCAGCACAUUAUGUUAGUAGGUUGGUCAGUGGAUGAUUAUAAGAAUGAAGCUGUGCUUGUUGAUAUUGAAAGGGAUAAUUGUGUUCCAAGAAUUGAGCUUCAGGAAAAUGGUGAUGAUAAUUUGCUCUUGGGUCUAUGUAUUGAUAAGGCAUCAAUAUAUCAGAAAGUGGGAGUUGAAAUUGGUGUGGAGGGAAGGAAAGAGCUCUCACCACAUUGUGUUCUCAUAUGUCUUACAUUAGAUGGAAAACUUGUUUUGUUCCAUGUUGCUAGUCUUGCAGGCCGUGAAGUUUCAGCUGAUGUUCCUGCUGUCAUUGAGGGAGAUGCUUCUUUGAAGCUACCUGUGGAGGAUCCUUCCACUGUUGCUCAUGGAUUUCAGAAAGAGGAAUCAGAUCAGGCUUAUGAAGCAAGUGAGAAUCAGAAAUCCAAGGCUAUUGCCAAUUCUAAGCAAGUGGCAAAAACUGAACAUUUUGUUAAGCACCCACAGGUGGAGUCACUGUCAAAUUUGAAGUCUAAUAUUAAGCAAACAGUUCAAAAUGUAGUAGAUCUGAACCAUGCCACUGAUAGUAAUAGUGCAUCUACCUUUGAGCAACGGGCAAACUUAGGUCAAAAUCCUGCAGCACUUGGAUCAAAUAUUGGCUCUUUUAUGACAAACACUCAUUCUGCUACUCCUGUUUUGUCACAUAAUAACACUUCACAGAAAACUACUGUGAUGUCUAAGGUUCCAUGGAAUACAAACAGUCCAUGGGACUCACAGAGACCUUCUCAUCAUUCACCUAGUGAAACAUCUUCAAUUCCAAAAGGAUCUGACUUCUCCUCAUUUUCAACGUCAAGCCCUAUUGGUGGUGUGGGUUACCAAAGUCAAAUAUAUACUAAGGGCAGUACAAAUGUUCACAGUACCAAAGUUCCUGGAGGCAUCGAUCAAAAACCCUCUCUUGUACAGGACAAUUCUGCCGUUAGGCCUAUUCAAAGUACAGAACAAGUUACUACAAUAAGAUCCGCAAAUACACAACCAGUCUCAGCAUUUUCCUCACAUUUGUCUUUGAAUGGAAAUGCAACAGCUGGCAAGUCUUCUACUCGGAAAUUUCAUCCUUCUAAUGAGCAGCAUGGAACUUCAUCAAUGCUUGGGAUCUCAAACUCUGAUUUAUCAAAGCCGUUUAGCAAUAUCAAUGAGAUGACAAAAGAACUGGAUCUACUGUUGAGGUCGAUAGAAGAGGCUGGUGGAUUUAAAGAUGCUUGCACUAAGUCACUAAAAAGUUCAAUUGAAGCAGUGGAGCAAGGCAUGGAGACCUUAUCUAGAAAUUGCAAAUUUUGGGCGUGCCAAAUGGAAGAACAUGUUGAGGAGGUUCAUUAUCUACUUAAUAAAACCAUACAAGUUGUGGCACGAAAAAUAUACAUGGAAGGCAUAUAUAAACAAGCUGCUGAUAGCCGAUAUUGGGACCUCUGGAAUCGCCAAAAGCUGAAUUCAGAACUAGAGCUAAAGCGACAACAUAUUUUGACUCUGAAUCAGGAUUUGACAUAUCAAUUAAUUGAACUGGAGAGGCACUUCAAUGGCCUUGAACUGAACAAGUUCAGUCAAUAUGGUGGCCGUAAUAUAGAUCAUGGAGCUUGUCAAAAUAGAUAUGGACCUCCUAGACACAUUCAGUCAAUGCAUAGUCUACAUAAUGCAAUUAGUUCACAACUUGUAGCUGCUGAGAAUCUCUCUGAAUGCCUUUCUAAACAAAUGACAACAUUGAGUUUAAGCUCUCUACCUAAGGAACAAAAGAAUGUGAGAGAGUUAUUUGAAACAAUAGGAAUUCCGUUUGACAAUUCCUUUGGCUCUCCAGCCAUGAAAGAUGUGAGGACCCCUUUAGCUAAGCAGCUUGUCUCUGGUUCGACUUCUAAGAAAGAUCAAUCUAAAAGAAUUCAAACCAGUGCUAUGAAGAGUUGUGAACCAGAAACGGCUAGGAGGAGGAGAGACUCACUUGACCAGAGUUGGGCCUCCUUUGAACCACCUAAAACCACAAUCAAAAGGAUGCUGCUAAAAGAACCGCAGAAACCAAACCGGAAUGGAUCAUUCUCUUCAUUGAAGAAAGAAAAGGUUCAAACUUCUAUGAUGACAGAAUCUGCUUCUCAAAAAUCAGAUGUGGGAACACCUUCAAUUGCUUUCCCUGCAACUAAAAUGAAAGGUGAAUUGAGAUUAAUUGUUUAUCCUUUUUUUUCCCUAGGUAUUCGAUUAAUAGUUAAUCUGACAUACUAUUCAUCAUGCUGUCUGACUUUGGUCUUUCUCUACAAAAUACACAUACAGCAGGGAAUUCUGGAUUUUCCUGUUGAACUCAAACAGGGUUCAGAGCAGGCAUUUAAAUGGACUGGUAGCCUCCAAGCACCCACACAAGUUUCAGAGUCCAAACCCCGUGUUUUACAAAAUAUCACUUCAGCAGUUCCCUCUUGGCCUGUAUCACAAUCGCCAGCUGCAAUGAUGCCUGGUAGUUACACAGAAACCAAAAAUGUUGCUUCCGAAAAAUUGGAUCUUCCAAGAGUUAAUUUAUUCUCCAACAGUGAUAAUACAUCAAUACUGAAUUCGAAAACACCUCAAAAAUCCUCUAUUCUUUCCUUUUCUAACACAGAAAAACCUUCAUUCCUAAUUAAAUCUACUGAAAUGCCAAGUACAAUGAGUAAAAUAACAAUGGCUACUAGUGCUACAAUGGGAAACAAACUUUCAAGUGCAUUUACUUCUGAAUCCUGGAAAAAACACGAUUCUUCAUCCUUGGAGUCACAUUCAUCUGCUAUAUCAGCACCAUCAACCUCCCUUGGAAAGAUUACUGAGUUCAAUUUUACUAAAAGCCGACCCAAUGAAAAUAUUUCUGAACUGCCUACAUCUGGUUCAUGUGAAUCUCCGUCACCUACAAUUAUUAAACCAUUAUCAGCUUCGCCAUUGUCAUCUUCCAUCUCAUCUGCAGCAGUGUCUCCAGCUCCAGUGUCAGUGCCAUUAAGCAGACCUUUGUCUAGUUCAGACACCAGCAUAAACUCUAAUAGCACUAUGUCAACUACUUCAGCAAGAGCUUCUGUCUUAUCUGAUCAGGGCCUUAAACAUGCAGUGUUCUCUUCAACUACUACGUCUGGCUUGAAUUCAACCUCAGAGUCACUUAAGUCAGAGAUUCGGCCAGCUUCUGUGUCUAAUUUAAAUACAGAUUCAGAUGCUGCUGCAGAGAUGACCCCUCAGCUGAGUGAACCUCAAACACGUGAGUCUGAAUUGAAGGAUGGACCUUCUGGAAAUCUCACUCCUACUGGUGAGGAGUCUUCGGGAAAUGUUGCAAGUUCUGGACCCAAUGUAGUCCCAGUUUCUCUACCAGAGCAGCCAUCAUCCGAUGGAUCUAUGCAGCUUUCGACUUCUUUCCUUACAUCUGCUAAUGUUCCGAGUAGCAAAAAUGGGGGUAUGGAUGCUGGUCUUUCAUAUGAGGAUGAGAUGGAUGAAGAAGCUCCUGAGACUGGUAACACGACUGAACUGAAUUUUGGGAGCCUCGGUGGGUUUGGGACUAGUCCAAUCCCUAAUUCAUCUGUGCCCAAACAAAACCCAUUUGGAGGUUCCUUUGGUAAUGUAGCAACAAGUUUGCCAAGCUCGUCAUUUACAUUCUCACCUCCUAGCGGGGAGUUGUUUCGACCUGCAUCCUUUACAUUCCCAAGUUCUCAGUCAUCUACAUCCGCCCAGUCGACAAACACAGGUGCAUUCUCUGGUGGCUUUGGUGCUGGGGGAACUGGUCCAACACCAACUCCAAGUGCGUUUGGGCAGCCAGCACAAAUUGGAUCUGGCCAACAGGUUCUUGGAUCAGUCCUUGGUACUUUCGGACAAUCAAGACAGCUUGGUGGUGCUUUGCCUGGAAGUGGCUUUGCAGCUCCCGGUGGUUUUGGCGGAUUUGCUGGAAGUAAUUCCAAUAGUGGUUUUCCAACUGCUGCCACCGGUGGAGGGUUUGCUGGUAGAGCAUCGGCUGCUGGAGGUUUUGCUGGCAUAACAUCAACAGGUGCAGGAUUUGGUGGCAUAGCAGCUUCAAGUGGAGGCUUUGCUGGUGUUGCUUCCACAGGUGGUGGAUUCUCUGGACUCACUUCUCCUGUUGGUGGAUUUGCUGGUGCUGCUUCCUCUGGUGGCGGCUUUGGUGCUGCCUCAUCAACUGGUGGAUUUGCAGGAGCUGCUCCAGGAACUGGGGGUUUUGGGGCAUUCAGCAACCAAGGAAGGGGUGGGUUUUCUCCUUUUGGUGCAGUCGGAGGCAGUAAACCACCAGAGCUGUUCACACAGAUGAGAAAGUAGUAUUAAACCGUUGAAAAAUUUAGGCGCAGAUAAGCAGAAAGUAGGAUUUUGUUUUUAACUGUCCAGUUCUCAUGUAUUUAUAUAAGAACAAUGGAAUAGCAGGGUUUUUUUUUUGGUGACUGGAAUAGCAGGGUUUGAAUGUGUUUUCCUAGCUGCUUAAAAUAUUCCCUUUGAAGUAAAUAAA